UCCUAUGAAUACCUAUGUUUCUUUAUGAUUUAUUUUACCUGACAACUUGUGCCCAAAUUUUGGCUGCUUCUAUUUGUUCUCUUCGUUUUUUUCUCUAUCAAAUCAUAUCUUCGUUUCUUUACUCUAUCAAAUUAUAUCUUUUAAACAAAACUCCAUUGACGGAUUCAGCGUUCUUUGCAUAUAGUUUCGCGAUAAUGUAGUUCAACAGAUUCCACCAAAAUUAACACGUUUCAAACUACUCUUUAUAUCGUAUCAAUUCCCCGAACCUGUAAGUUUCCGUGGAGAUCAUUUGCAAUGGGAAAAAAAUUGCUGUGUUGGGCUCUCUUUCUCAUCGCUGCUUCGUUCAUUAUUCCAGCUAUUGCAAAUAAGCCCACCUAUUGCGGUACGGAGGACAGGUAUGAGGUGAAAGUUGACAAUGUACGCAUUACUCCAAAUCCAAUUGUGAGUGGGAAGUCUGCAACCUUCAACAUUUCUGCAACUUCUGGUUACCAAGAGACGGGGGUACUCGGGUACUGCGGAGACAAGUACUGGUACUGGUACGACAAAUUUUCAAAAAUAGGAGACGAGGGUACUUGGAGACGACAAAUUACUUUUUUAAUAUAA